UUAAAGUCCGACUGGGACUCUGGGAUUGACAUGGACAGGCUGAAGAAGAAGUCUUAAAGACAGUCAUGUACUUUGACAGAAUGUUUCCGUCUCUAGAUAUGGUCGCCAUGCAAGACAUACUAGAGAGCGAGCAGCGCUGUUAUGCGCCGUCUGGACAGCCCGAGAUUUCUGUCUCAGGGCCUUCCAGCCCGGCAUCGGCUGACUCUGAGCUCAGCUGCUCCAGUCCGGAAACCAAACCGACACCGGAAACACGAGUGAGGAGACCCCUGAACGCCUUCAUCAUUUGGACGAAAGAGGAACGAAGACGUCUUGCGCAGCUCAACCCAGAUCUGGAAAACACCGACCUGAGUAAAAUACUUGGCAAGACCUGGAAAGCCAUGUCUCUGGCAGAGAAACGUCCAUACAUGCAGGAGGCGGAAAGACUGAGGGUCCAACACACCAUUGACCAUCCCAACUACAAAUACCGUCCCCGUCGUCGCAAGAACAACAAGCGUGCUGCCAAGAUGCCUUCAAAUGAAACCAACGUCUCACCCAACUUUCACCUCAGCUAUAUGCUCCAGAACCAGGCUCUUCAAUAUCCGUACACACACUCACACACUCUGCCUAACUCAUACACACACCCUCACAGUCCUGGUUUUCAGCAUCACCCUGCCCAAUCACAGAAUAUGGCAGCAUUUACGAAUGGAGGGCUAACGUUUCCAGAUGGAGCAGUGCUCUUGAACUCAUCUUUAGCAUGCCCACAGCAGUCUGUAUACUCAGCAGAACCUCAGCUAUACUACAGUUCCCAGCAUGCAGUGCAGCAGAGAGGAGACCAGUGGGGCUGGCGGGGUGCAGAAGUGUGUGCCUGUGUCCUGUGUUCUGGAGGACCAUCGCUAGAAUUUUACCUGGAACAGGUACGAGUGGACAUGCUUGACCAGCUGGAUCGCAGUGAGUUUGACCAGUAUCUCAAUCCUGUCCAGCCCUAAGACCAACAUUAUCAAUGAACACCAUAAACCCACCACACUUCAGUGUUAUAACCCAACAGAUCAAACCACAGAGUGGCCUGUUUGGUACAACGUUUGGUUGGUUUGGUUUAGUUUCAUUUCCUGUUACGUUUGUGCGUUAAAAGAGAUUUGUGUAUAGAAAUAUUUGUAUUUAUUUUUGAUGUUCAAUGGUGCUUGAAUAUAAAAUGAUUUAAAUCUUACCAUCAGUAGACUUCAUAUUCUAAGAUGUAUUAUCUGCCUCACUUUAACUUGUUCAAAAUUUGAACAAUUUGUUGAACAAAUUGUUCAAAAUGCUGCUUUUUUUGUCUCAGAGAUUUAUAUGCUCAGCAUAUGUCACUGUAUAUUUGGAAUGUGUAUUUAUUACUUGUGGGAAAAGUCCAAUUACAGAUUCUAUAAAUAAAAUGUUUAAAUAUA